UCCCUAGGGCCUACUCUGCAGGGAGGGAGGUGUCUUCCCCUCAGCCCUCCAGGAGUUCAAAGAAGAGAGAGUUAAGCAUCCUAGAGAGGCUCUGCAGCUGGGGAGAGAGGAAGAGGGAGGUGUCACAUCCUCAGUCCUCCAGGGAUAACAGAACUCAGCUUCCUAGAGAGGCUCUGCGAGUAGGAAGAGGCGUCUGCUCCAAAGAUUAAGAAACCAGAGCGCUCAGCGUCCUAGAGAGGCUCUGCAGAUAAGAGGCGGGAAGUGUGCUUUUUCUGGUCUUCCAGGGAUUAAAAAGAUCAGAGAGCUUCGCUUCCUAGAGAGGCAUUGCAGCACCUGCGCCUGAGGAAGAAACCGGUGGAGCGUCGGAAGCUUGCAUGAUGCAUUUUGUGUUGGCCCAGUAAAGAAUCUGGCAUCCUUUGAGAAGGUGGUUUUGCAUUUCACCAAGGGCAAUUGGAAUCUGGAUCCAGGCCAGAGAAAUCUGUAUUCUGGAGAUCAUGGAGGGUGAUGGAAUUGCAGCCGCUCAGGGUAAUGAUCAGGAGAGUGAGAAGUAUGGGGAACCAUCUGUGGAAUCAUGGGCAAUAACUGAACCUCUUGUGGGAAACCUUCCAAAGAAGGAGGAGAACUCAUUUGAUUCUCAGGUUUCUGUUGAUGAACCCCUGAACUCACAGUCAGAUCAGGGACAGUGUUCUCUCUGUGGAAGUGUGUGCAAAUGUACACCAGACAUAAAGAUGCUCUUUAGAGUUCCCAUGAGGGAGAAGCCAUACAAAUGCACACAAUGUGGAAAGAGCUUCAGGCAGAAGGAACAACUACAUUCCCAUCACAGAACCCACACAGGGGAGAGACCAUAUCAGUGCCUGGAGUGUGGGAAGAGCUUCACUCAGAGAGGAAACCUGUGUUCACAUCAGAUCAUUCACACAGGGGAGAAACCGUACAAAUGCAGCGACUGCGGAAAGAGAUUCAUUCACCAGGUCCAUCUCCGUGCACAUCAAAGAACCCACACAGGGGAGAAACCCUAUAUGUGCACGGAAUGCGGGAGAAGCUUCUGUAACAAUGGACAGCUCCGUUCACACCAAAGAAUCCACACAGGGGAGAAGCCAUACCGGUGCACGGAGUGCGGCAAGGGCUUCAGUCAGAGAGGAAAUCUGAUUUUACACCAGAGAACCCACACAGGGGAGAAACCCUACCAGUGUGUGCAGUGUGGGAAGAGCUUCAAUAACGGCAGCGCAUUGACAGUGCACCAAAGAACCCACACAGGGGAGAAACCUUACAAAUGCUUGGAAUGUGGGAAGAGCUUCGGUGAUAACGGAUCAUGGGCUAAGCAUCAAAGAAUCCAUACUGGCGAAAAACCGUAUACUUGCGUGGAAUGUGGAAAGGGCUUCAGCGUUCGUUGUCAACUGACAGUACACCAAAGAACCCACACGGGAGAGAGACCAUACCAAUGCCUGGAAUGUGGAAAAAGUUUUCUUGUUAGUGGUAAUUUGACUGUACACCAAAGGACCCACACGGGGGAGAAACCAUUUCAGUGCACGGAAUGUGGGAAAUGCUUCAGCAGUAGCCAGUCCUGUGAAUACCAUCAGCGAACUCACCGAGGGGAGAGGCCAUAUGAAUGUGUGGAUUGCGGAAAGAGCUUCACGAACAACAGAUACCUGACUAUACAUCAAAGAAUCCACACAGGGGAGAAGCCGUAUCAGUGUGCCGAAUGUGGGAAGUGUUUCACUCAGCGUGGACAUUUACGUUCACAUCAGCGAAUGCACACAGGAGAGAAAUAAAGGCAUGGAUUAUGGAAAGAGCGUCAGUGCAAAUAAUGUUCUUACUUCACAUCGAGGAAGCCACACAGGAGGGAAGCCAUAUAUACUUGUAUGGACAAAAUUUCUGUGACAUUGGAUCAUGUGGAAGGCAUCAUACCAAGGAGAAAGCAUAUAAACGCAUGGAAUAUGGGAAGUGCUCCAGUAGUGGCAGAAUAUUGACAAUGGCUCAAUCAGAGCGACGGAAUAAUGGCAAUAUGGAGCAUUUAUUGAUAUUGUAAUAUCCAAUACAUGGACAAACAUCCUGAAGAAGGUGAAAUUUAAUUUACAUUGCAGACCCAGAUCCAGGAGAAAGGAGAUGUGUAUGGCAUGCUGGCAGAACUUAAAAUCUUAGAAUUUUCAGGGGUAGAUGGGACUCCCAAGGAUCAUCUAGUUCAACCCACGAGCAAGCUACAGAAAGACUACAGGGUUCAAAAUAAGGAAAAGAGGUUCCACCAAAAUGUGAGAAAAAACUUCCUGAUGGUAUAAGAGUGUUCAGCAGUAGAAGAUGCUGCCUCAGAGUGUGGGGCUGUCUCCUCCUUUGGAAUGUUGUAAGCAGAGGCUGGAUGGCCUUCUGUCACAGAGAGUGCUUUGAUUCUGUAAUCCUGAAUGUCCCAAGGGGGUUGGAUUGGAUGGCCUUUGACGGUCCCUUUGAACUUUAUGAUGCUAUGAAUCUAAUCUCUAUGUCCUAUUUCUUCAGUUCCUUCACCCAAGUUACUUGAAAAGAAGUUGAACAUUACUGGGCCCAGGACAGAUCCCUGAAAUGAGCAACUUGUUACUUCUCUUCAAAGGGACAAAGGACCACUCAUGUGGACAUGUAGCGACCUGAGCAAAUGGGCUUUGUCUGCAAUGACAAGGAUUUUCCCCCCAAUGUUAUAACUGUAUUUCUGGGUGCUGAGUUAAAAAAACACAAUAAAAAUGUCAUGCCACACAA